AGAAGCAAACGUGAAAGCGCCAAUGAAGAGCACAGUGCCACAGUCGGAGGAGGAGCCGGCCGAGGAACCAAAAAUGGGAGCGGAUUCGAAGCCCAAGAAUUCAGACCAAAUUCAUAGUAUUGGCGGAAUCCGAAUUCGGGUGUUCCUCAAUUCCGUUCUUGGUUGCAUCAGCCUGCAUGGUCUGCACUACGCCUCGAAUCCCCAAUCGCUGCCUCCCCACUCUUGCUCUCGAGUUGCCCAGUUUUGAUUUUCGCCUUUAGAACGCACCAUGAGUUUCGGAUUGCUCUACCCGCGAAGCCCGCAAGAGAACAUCGCCGAUCUUUGUGUUUCUUUGAGCGUGAGAGUGCGUGCGUGCGUGAGUGACCGCUGCAGGUGAGGAGAGAGAGAAAUGGCGUCCUCUUCUUCCUCGUUCGAGAGGAGCUUGGAAGCCAAGCUCAGAUGGGUUGGCAAUGGCCUCCUCAAUGCCCCUUCUUCUGGCGAUGAGCUGCUCGCUCUCCUCGAAGUAUGGUUGCCCAAUUUGCCCAUUCAUGCAUUCGCAUAUGAUGAUCUGGAUGCUGAGUAUCUGUUAGCUAACAUGGAGCAAGGACCGUCAGACCCUCUCCAAGAUUCCCUUCUUCCACUUAUGAAGGCACUAAUUGCUGAUUCUCUUUUGAAACAUUCUGUUGAGGGUGUUAGGGUUUCUGUAACAUAUUGCUUUAGUGAGGUUCUGAGGAUAAGUGCGCCUCAAGAACCGUACAAUGAUGACCAGAUGAAGGUGAUUUUUGAGUUAAUUGUGGAGGCAUUUUCUAAGUUAUCUCAGCCAUCCAUGCAAUAUUAUGAAAAGGUCCUGUCCAUUCUUGAGACUGUUGCAAGGGUCAGAGCAUGCCUUCUUAUGCUUGACCUUCAAUGCAAUGCGCUGGUAGUCCAGAUGUUCCAAAAUUUCUGGGCAAUCAUUAGGUCGGAUCCCACUGAAGAUGUACUGUGGGCUGUGGAGCAAAUCAUGAUGGACAUUCUUGGUGAAAGUGAGGAGAUCUCCUUGGGGCUUCUCAGUCCUCUUCUUGCUAGUGUUCUAAAAGAAAAUAAGAACGUUGCACCUUUGUGUUGGAAGCUUGGAGAGAGGCUCAUCGCCAGGUGUGCAGCUAAGCUUGGACCUGUUCUUCAUGGAGUAGUGCAAUCCAAUGGCACCACUGUGGAUGAUUACUCUCCUGUUGUGGCUUCCAUAUGUGAAAAGAAGCCUACAACGAUGGAGAGUAAUUAUGCUAAUGGUUCUUCACAACCUGUGGCAGCUCAUGGGCUUGUGUUUUCCCCUGGAGAAGUUGUUCCUGAUCUGGAUAGUGCUCCUGGAUCGAGUAUGAGUGAUGCUGCUGCCCUUCUUUUCCCCGACAUUGUUCCUGUUGCUAAAACAUCUACAGACGACGCUGAUUCUGCAGAUUCCAAGGGUUCAACUGAGCUAGAAAUUGACUUUGAGGCGAUUCCGAAGAAAAGGGAACCGAAGCCAAACAAAUUGAUGAACCCUGAUGAAGGCUACAAACUCUCUUGGCUACGUGUAAAUAGGCAAAAAUCUGGUCGUCGGAAAGUCCAUUCGAAUGGACAUAAUCUUUCAGCUGCCCCUAAAAUUUCUUCGAGAAAGAGAAGAACCCCGCAAAAGGUGAAUGUUGAACCAGAUGCGGGUGAGACCACCGUUGCUUGUGAUGGGGAAGCUCUGGUCGCUAGGGAUCUUGCAGGGAAAAAAUCAAAGCUCUCGAUAGUUGGGGGAAGGAUGAGCAAUUUUAACAAGGCCGUAUCAGAGGGGUCUGGGGUGCCUGGCAGACGAUUAGUGGGUCGGAAAAUAAAGGUUUGGUGGCCAUUGGACGAGAUGUUUUAUCAUGGUGUUGUUCAAUCUUAUGACCCGUUUAGGAAGAGGCACAAGGUCUUGUACGAUGACGGGGACACAGAAACAUUAAACCUUCACAAGGAACGGUGGGAGUUCGUUGAGGAUGAUUUGCCAGAUGAACAGCGAUGGGAGGCUGAUCUCCUGAAACCCGAAUCUUCACCUGUCAAAUCUUCACCUGUCAAGCGGGAAUACAAAAAGGGCAGCAGCAAGAAGUCACACUUACCGAGGAAAUUAAUGAUCAAACAGAACAUUGAAAGGGCUGAAGCUUCCUCCAGAGUCCCAGAAGUUAUAGUUCCACAGUUUGGGAAUCAAAAUGUGGGUAGAGAUGAGUCCAGUGAUGAUGAGAGCACUGAAGAUAACUUAUAUGAGCUCAGGGUCCGGUCCAACGAUGUCCAGCAAAAAUAUCCUAGCUCAAGUUCGUCAGAUGAUUCAACUCCUGAAGCUAGCCCUCCUAGACCUUGGUGGCAGAAGUGAAGCUUUGUCGUCAUCGGCUUGGAAAAUUUUGAGGCUGCUUAGGAAGUAGAAUAGCUUUUUGUAGUGGUAGGAUUACUAGAAGUAAUGUGCAAGAUCUUACAAGUUUGGCUCCUUAUGCAAAGUAUAGAGGUCUAGGUGCAAGAGCUUGUAGUCUUUUGGCCCUCGUAUAGGCAUCGGUGAUCUGUCAUUGCUCCUGGAAAUGUCUGCAAUGACAGAAAUGCAAGUAUUUGUGAGGCUUGGAAGAGAAAUGGCUCAUGUUCAUUUCAUAUGGCCUAGAAAUGGAAUUUGUAUUUAUUCAUUCUUUGGGAAGCUAGAAGUGUGGAUCAGUUCCUUAGUCAUGUUACUCGCUCUCUUUCUCCCUGCAUGGUUGGGGAGGCCUCCGUUAUGAUACAUCCCCAGUUUUCUUGA